AUGCACUCGCACCUGGCACUGUUACUUCUGUUCUCCCUUCCGAGAUUCGUACUCGGCAGUGCGAAUCAGGUCCACCUAGUCAAGUUCCCAACGUGCGGGACUUACUCCUCAAGCACUUUCCAAAACAUAAACGCCGGCGUGCAGUUGUCCAACAUCAAGACGGUAGUCUCCUUUGGCGACUCAUACACGGACAACGGCCAGCAUGCCGGCGGUACGCCGUCACCUGCUGUCGCCAGCGGGACCAACCCCGAAUAUGGCGGACGAAUCAGCAACGGACUGAUGUGGGAGGAGGACCUGGCCGCCAACAUCAGCAGCAGCACGAUUGUAAAGAACUACGCUCUCGCUGGAAGCACGGUCGAUCAUACCUUAUGGCCCUCGCGAGCAAACAACGGCGAUAUGGUGAAGCAAGUUGCAACUUACGUUGGCCAGAACAAUGGUCUCAACCAGGACACGACAUUGUACACGGUCUUCUUCGGAAUCAAUGAUUAUGCUGCGAGUAUCAAAGACAACGUUGCCAACCUGCCGGCUGCAGCUGCCCAGGUCAUCAACCAGACCGAAUACUUGAUCUCCACUCAGGGUGCCAAGAACUUCCUCUUCAUCGCGGUCCAGUUCGAUCGAGCGACGUCACAAGAUUUCGAUAAUCGGAUUUGGCAGGGAGCCAAGUCUCUGCGUUCCUCAAAGGGAAUCAACUUUGCUUUCGUCAAUUGGGCCGAGCUCUACGACGCAAUUUUCGCCAACUAUCAAUCUUUCGGAUAUACUAACACCAGUGCGUGCUUGGUCAGCGAAACGACGACUUCUCGCUGGGACGUCAUCAUCUAA